AUGGGGAAGAAGAAGUGGACUCGUCCACGCAGCGGCCCUGGUGCUUCGUUAAAGCGAGGAGCUCUUCGUCUGAAAGCGACAAAAACAGAAGCUCGUUCCGGCAAGAAGCACGCAGACUACGUUCCGAAGUCUCAGCUUGGGGAGCCUGAGGCACGUCGAGGACGUGAGAAGCUUGUCGUCGCGGGCUCUGCGCUGAAGCAGAUGACAAACCGGCAGCUCAAGCAGCACUUGGAGAAGCUUGGACACGUGCCUCAACUGAAGGCAGGCUCUGCGUGCUUGUUUUGCGGACACAAAAGCCUCAGUGUCCACGGCUGUCCUCCACUUCCGGCGGUGCUCAAGGGCUGGAGUGCACGCUACUUUCGGUGCACACGCAAGUGUUGCCACAAGCAGCAGCACUUUCUCUCCAACUCACCGGUCUUCUACGUCGGUCGAGGUACCGACGUGCCACCUCUGCGGCAACAAGUGACGGUCCUGUGGCACUUGGCUUGGCGGACACCCGGCCGGCUUCUACGCGCCGAGGUUGGUUGCAACGAGAAGCGCAUUGAGAACAUGCGCCACCGCUGGCAGGGAGUCCUUAGCAAGUUCGUGGAGGAGACACAGAGUCGCAGUCAAGGUGGUGACUUUCAGCAAGUGGAAGUAGACGAAACCGUUGUGCGGAAACAAAAGGUGGGUGACACAGUGGCUUGGCAAACCUUUGUCGGCUCCAAAGUCCGAGGACAGCGCAAGUCCUUGGUGCUGCAAAAGCGCGGCUUCGCAAACAGCUUGUCGAAAGUCAGGCCCAGUGGUCUUUCGGCUCCUCCGCCGCUGACAACGGCAGAGUGGCAGAGCUUUGCGUCGGAGCACUUGCAGUCCAACACCGUCGUGCACACGGACGGCGCCCAGGCCUACUGCGCUCCUGUUCCGAACCUGCACCUCCGGCACGACAGCGUCAGCCACAGUACCAAGAAGGGCGGCCCGUACUUCACCAAGAACUGCACUCACAAGGGCGUGAAGAAGGUUGACAAGCGCAAGAGCAACCUCAAGACAGUGGCAGGAACACAGUGCAUUGACGGUACCUGGACUUCCCUGAAGCGCUCCUGCCUGGGAGUCAAUGCCAAGUAUCCUCACAAGAUCGAAGAUCAUGUCCGUGAGGCACAGUUUCACUCGUGGCAAGGCUCUGCCGACCCCUGGCACGCUAUGGGGAGCGUGCUGCGUUGGCACCGGGCAGCCCUGGGUGCCUUGAUAGCCAAGAAGCACAAUGCGCAGGCAACAGGUCAACUAAACAUCUUCCUAAACCCUUAA